CUCUCUCUCUCUCAUUCAUUCUCCCUUUUUAUUUGCACGCAAAGCAACGCAACUCGCAACGCAAACAAUUCUCUCGGGAAAUGUGGUACUUCACGAUCACCACCACGACGUUGUGGUCCCCUCUUGUGCUUCUCCUCCUCCUGUGGUCCCCACCACCAUCCUCCGCCUCUACCUUCAACCAUGGCGAAACGGUCAAGAACCUUAUAAGAAACCUCAACCUCUUCCCUCCUCACGAUAUCAACAUCCUCGCCAAUCCCAAUGUGGUACCCACAGAUAAGAAUAACAAGAUCGUCGAGAAGCCGCUUAGGUUCCCAAACUUCUCCGGCGAAGGCGAAGGAAUCUCCCUCGAUGACUUGGCUCACCGCGCUGGCUAUUACCCUCUUCAACACUCUCAUGCUGCAAAGAUGUUUUACCUUUUCUUUGAAUCUCGGAUCAACAAGAAGGAUCCUGUUGUGAUAUGGUUGACUGGAGGACCAGGCUGUAGCAGUGAAUUGGCUGUGUUUUAUGAAAAUGGUCCUUUCAAAAUUGCUAACAAUAUGUCCCUUGUUUGGAAUGAAUUUGGUUGGGACAAGGUAUCUAACCUCCUGUAUGUUGACCAACCAACUGGAACUGGCUUUAGUUACAGCACUGAUACGCGUGAUAUUCGUCAUGAUGAAGACGGUGUCAGCAAUGACCUCUAUGAUUUCUUACAGGCCUUCUUUGCUGAACAUCCUGAGUAUGCUGAAAAUGACUUUUUUAUUACCGGGGAAUCAUAUGCUGGACAUUAUAUCCCGGCCUUUGCUGCUCGUGUUCACAAGGGAAACAAAGCUAAAGAAGGAAUUCAUAUAAACUUGAAGGGAUUUGCCAUUGGUAAUGGGCUCACUGAUCCUGCAAUUCAGUAUAAGGCUUACUCAGAUUAUGCACUUGACAUGGGCAUAAUUAAGCAAGCUGAUUAUGAUCGCAUCAACAAAGUGAUGCUUCCAGCCUGCGAAUUGGCAAUCAAACUAUGUGGCACUGAUGGAAAAAUCGCAUGCACAACUUCAUAUUUUGUUUGUAAUACUAUAUUCAAUUCCAUCAUGUCACAUGCUGGUGAUAUCAAUUACUACGACAUCAGAAAGAAGUGUGAGGGGAGUCUUUGCUAUGAUUUUUCAAACAUGGAGAAGUUCCUGAACCAAGGAUCUGUUCGGGAUGCACUAGGGGUUGGGGAUAUUGAUUUUGUGUCUUGUAGCUCUACAGUUUAUCAGGCUAUGCUGGUGGAUUGGAUGAGGAAUCUCGAAGUUGGUAUUCCUGCACUUCUUGAGGAUGGAAUCAAUAUGCUUAUUUAUGCUGGGGAAUAUGAUCUCAUCUGCAACUGGCUUGGUAAUUCAAGAUGGGUUCAUGCCAUGGAAUGGUCUGGCCAGAAUGAAUUUGUUGCCUCAUCUGAAGUUCCGUUCACAGUUGAUGACUCAGAAGCUGGAUUAUUGAAGAAUUAUGGACCUUUAAGUUUCCUAAAGGUUCAUGAUGCGGGACACAUGGUUCCAAUGGACCAGCCCAAGGCUUCCUUAGAAAUGCUGAAGAGGUGGACUCAAGGAACCCUUUCCAGGUCUGGAGAUGAUGCAGAAGUAUUGGUUGCAGAGUUGUAAUCUCUUAUUGCAAUUAGUUUACAACAACUUGAUUCAAUGAAAAAAAGAAUUUAAAGCAGUGAUGUUUUGUUCAACUAAAGUAAAUUCAUACUAUCCAAAUUGACAUAGAAUCAAGGCAAUGCAAGAAAAUAUUUAUGGUAGACUUUUAUGUCUGUAAUGUAUAUAUGCUAGUUUGGUCAAAUCUGAGGUGCAAGUUGCUUACGCCCAAACUUGCCCAAACUUAUUCUAAUGCUUCCCCUAUGUUAGAAGAUA